CAAAAAUUCAUUUAGGCAGCAUUUGAUUUCUCAUAAGAAAGAAUGGCUGCUAUGAACAACAAAAUUAUCAGCAUCAUACUCCUUUUUCUUGCUCUCGCUUUUCAAUGUUAUAGCCAGUGCCAAUUGAGCGAUCUUAAAAUUGAACAGGAACGAACAGGGGUCAAAGUAAAAAAUAAGCAAGAGUGGCGAGUUUUUAUAAUCACCGAUUGUAUAUGUAAUUUUCCCCUUGUAGCUCUAAAUUGUUCAGGAUUUCAAACUGUGGAGCCGAUUGACCCUUCAUUGAAGAUUGUUCAUAGUACAGGAAAAUUUUGUCUUAUUGCUGAUGGUAAUAACCCUAUCACUAGAUUUCGUCCUGCAACCUUUAGAUAUGCAUGGGACUCCUCUUUUCCUUUUGAUAUUGUUGGUGUAGAAAUUUAUUGUCCCUAAUUUCUCAAUGUCCAAAAAUAUACUUGUAUUCUUAUAUUAAGUAAUUAAAGAAUAAAAGUUUCAUGU